CUGUUUGAUGAUAAAACUUUUCAAUUGUUAUGUAGAUGGGUGACGUUGCCAAGGACUUAUUGUCUGGAACAGUCGGGGGUGCAGCCCAGUUGAUUGUCGGACACCCUUUUGAUACAAUCAAGGUCAAGCUUCAAAGCCAGCCUGCUCCCCUUCCAGGCCAACUUCCUAAAUUCUCUGGUGCAAUUGAUGCCGUCAAGAAGACAAUAGCUUCAGAAGGUCCUGGUGGCCUUUACAAAGGAAUGGGAGCUCCUCUUGCCACUGUAGCAGCUUUCAAUGCCCUCCUCUUCACUGUCAGAGGUCAAAUGGAAGUUCUUCUUAGGCCUGAACCGGGUGCACCACUUACCCUUAACCAGCAAGUUGUGGCUGGUGCUGGUGCAGGUUUUGCCGUCUCCUUCUUGGCUUGCCCUACUGAAUUGAUCAAAUGCAGGUUACAGGCACAGAGUGCUUUGGCUGGGGCAGACUCAGUUGGUGCAACCGUAAAAUACUCGGGACCAAUGGACGUGGCUCGACAAGUCAUUAGGUCGGAAGGGGGACUGAGGGGUCUGUUUAAAGGUUUGGUACCAACCAUGGCUCGUGAAGUGCCCGGAAAUGCAGCCAUGUUUGGUGUUUAUGAGGCUCUGAAGCAGUACAUAGCCGGAGGGCAAGACACUUCUGGAUUAGGAAGAGGCUCGUUAAUAGUGGCAGGAGGCCUGGCCGGUGCAUCGUUUUGGGUAUCUGUUUACCCUACUGACGUGGUGAAGAGUGUGAUACAAGUAGAUGAUUUCAAGAACCCUAAGUACUCUGGCUCGAUCGAUGCGUUUAAGAAGAUAUUAAGUGCGGAGGGGGUGAAGGGUUUGUAUAAGGGGUUCGGUCCAGCUAUGGCUAGAAGUGUUCCAGCUAAUGCUGCCUGCUUCUUGGCUUAUGAAGUAACUAGGUCUUCUUUGGGCUAACAAAGAUCUAGCCAUUGAUGUUUGCUGUUUUUGUUCUUACUUAUUGCAUAAUAAUUGUUCAAUUUGUAGACACUUGCUAAUUUAAAUGUUUUCACAUUUUUUUCCCCCC